CUUGCGCGCUGGCCAUCACAAGAUGGCGCUCUAACUUUAAAAGCACUGGGUCGUCUCCGUUGACAACAGCAACGCCGAUAAGUUGAGAAAUUAGUUUAAUCAGAAAGGACAAUUUUAUUCGAUGUUGCAAAGAUGCCUGAAAAUGCUAUUGUGACCCUUAGGUAUGGACCAUAUCGAUCCUGUGGUGUUGUAGCUCACAGAACACAGCGAUUGGAGGGUUUACGAGCCCUACUGGAGGCAGAUGGACACACUGUAGAGUUUGAAGAGAUUGAUGACUGGGAUUUCGUGGAGCUCAUCGUUAAUGGAGAAAAAAUUUACCAGUGUAAUAUCAAGGAUCUGGAUUUUGGAGGAGAUGGAAAGUUGGAUGAUCUCUGCAAGAGUGCCCUGACAGCAGUGAAGGAAGCUUCUAAACAUUAGGAAAAUAAUCUAAA